UGGGGGCUUCUUUUGAAAAGUGAAAGCUGAAUCUCCUGCCUAAUUCAGCAGCUGGGGCUGUAAGAAAUAAACCAAAUCGUGGGAAACUUGUGAUAAAAAUGAUCACAAGAGUUGGCAGGAAAGGCGCUUACAGUGAUCCUUUCUGUCCCUUCCAAACACAUAAGAUAACAAUGGCAGUACUGGAUCGGACCAAAGGUAUCCUGCCUUCCCACAGUGGCCAAUGCCAGGUGUUCCGGAGGGAAUGAGCAGAACAGGUAAUUUCCUGACCUGAUUUGGAUGACAGUAGCAGAACAACUCUUAUUUCUUAGGACGUCUACAUCACUGCUUCCCUAUAUUUAUUAAAAACCUUAAAUAGCACCAGUGCUUGGGCAAGCACAGCGAAGUACAGAACCGCCAAGCCUCUUUCUUGUGAAGAGAGAUGUCCCCUCACCCUUUAUAUUGUUUGGCAGUUUAAAAUAUUUCUUCUUUUGUUGAUUAAGGAAUUUGCUAUUUUACUUUUAAUACAAAUCUUAAAAGCUCCAGUGUGACCUUUAUUCAAAAACUUUUGCAGCUUGAUACUCUGUAAGACUUUAUUAGAAAAUUUCCCUCAAACAAAAACUUCACGUUCCACUAGAGCUUUCCUGGGGAGUGUUCUGAGUAUAUGCAUUCUCCUCAUCAUGGCUUUCUUCUAUGUCUCUAGCUUCUUGGGUUUGCAGACUUUGGGGAAAUACCACCUGUUUUGGCCUGCUCCAAGGUUCCAACAGCUGUUUGCUAUCAUCUUCCGUCUCCACAACAGGGAACAUGUUAAAAGUUUUAUUACUACUUCUCAGUCUGCAGUACCAGUGGAUCCUAACACAACUCAUAUGCUGUCUACUAAAACCAGAUCGGAACGUAGAGAUGGAGAGAAAAGAGAGGGCAUGGCUAGAGGAGACACCUCUUCUCCUCAUCCUUUUUCCCUGUUCUCUGCUGGAGCUGCCAAAAGGAGAUCAAAGAACCAAGAGGAACCUUUCAUGAUAUCUAAAAGGAAUGGUAUUCAGCCACCAGAAAAACCUUUGAGUGUGGAGGAAUGGGAGGAACUGAGGGAAGAAUUUAAGGCAGUUAGCAAGUUUGAAUAUGUAAUGCUAGAGCAAAUGAUCAAAUACAAUAGCUCCAUAGACGUGGCCAAAUCCUUGCUGUCUAUGGUGGCAACGAGAAAAGGUGACAUCAGUUAUAAUUUAUUGGUCAAGUACCUUGCGCUGUGCAUCAAGCAGGAGCAGCUAGCAGAGGUUUUUGAUGUCUUUGAUAUAAUUAAACUCAGAUUUAAGACUUUGGAACCUGGGGCUUACAGCCUUCUGAUUAAGGGAUUGAGUGGUUCUGAUAGGUGGAGAGAGGCUUUGUUGCUACUGGAAGAGAUAAAAAAAGUCAUGACACCUUCAAAAGCCAACUAUGGAGACUGUAUCAAAGGGGCCCUCAAUAACCAAGAAAUAAACUUGGCAUACGAACUGUAUCAUGAAAUGCUGGCUAAGGAGUUGAUACCAAACUUGGAUACACUGCAAGCGUUUUUUGAUACUGGCAAGUGUGUGAAGGAUGAUCAGUUAAAAAGUGAACUCUUAGGAAUCCUCCUAUAUCUGAGAGAAAAUCAGAUAUAUCCUGGAGAAACUCUUAUGCAGAGUAUAAAGCUAUGGUUUGAAAGUAUUCCAGGAGAGAAAUGGAAAGGAUACAUAACCACCAUUACGAAUAGUGGAAAAUGUCCGGUUUGUAACCAACACCUGGAAACCAUUCAUUUGAAUGAAGAAGAAUACAAUAUACUCAAGGCAAAAAUAAUAAAAGAUGUGAUCCAGGGAACUGAUGUAUUCAGGAAGACUACUCCUCAGGAACUUGAAGAAUUUCGAAACUUUGUGGAAAAUCAUCCUCCAUAUGAUAUUGUGAUAGAUGGACUCAAUGUUGCCAAAGUUUCUAACAGAAGGAGUGAGUCUCAAACUCUACUUGAUGUUGUCUCCCACCUGGCACAGAAGAAUCUGCGGUUGCUCGUGCUGGGCCGCAAACACAUGCUGACGGGAUCUCCUAACUGGAAAAGGCCUAUUGUGGCUGCUACGCAGAAGAAAGCAGACUUUUUCUUUGCUGAAAAUGUGUCAGAAGAUGACCCUUUCCUGUUAUAUGCCACUCUUCAUUCAGGCAAUCAUUGUAAGUUCCUUACUAGAGACCUCCUGCGAGAUCACAAGGCUUGUCUUCCCGACAAUCUUACUCGACAUCUGUUCUUUAAGUGGCAACGUGGACACCAAAUGGUGCUUUCCCACUACUGGCCAGGAAAGAGGAUAAAAUUUCAGCCUAUUCCCACUUACGACACAGUGGUGCAGACUACUGGUGACACUUGGCAUAUUCCCUAUGAUGAACAACUGGUGGAAAGAUAUUCCUAUGAAGUGCCAACCAAAUGGCUUUGCCUUCAACGGAAAUAAGAAAGAAUGCAAACUACAAACUUACAGUCUUACAAACUAAAACUGUAAUUGUUCGCCAAUGUUGCUAAUGGGUGGAUCCAGUGAUCACGCACAUUCAUGGGAUUAAUACACCAAAUACGAAUUCUGCUGCUGACUAAAUGAUCAGUAAUCAUAGUUCACCAAAUUCAUAUCUGCCAUAACACCACUGAAGUCAGUUGUGUUAUAGCAGGAUGAAUUUGGCCCAUUACUUGCAGCUUUGAUAACCAGAAUUCAUUUUGCCCUGUAGUAAAUAAGAGAUGUGUUGUAGCAGCAUCAUUUAUAAAGAUUUCAUUGGGAGGAGGUAAUAAAGUGAUUAAGCACUGGGAUGGUCCAUGUAUCCUCCUAAUAAAAUUUAGCUUCAAAAUUUC